UUAUUAAACAAAAUACAUAUCAUGUUUUUCUUAUUCUUCUUCUUCACUAAACACUCACUCUAUUAAAUCCUGUUGAACUUAGGCAAUUUAUCCUCCCAAUAUUUCAGCUUCCCUCUUCUAAUAAAUAGGAUUUGCUAAAUUGCCACAAUAUCACUAGUGGUGUACAUCUUCCAUUUGUACACCAAAUGUACAUGUGCCUUUUUUCUCAUCAUGGUAUCGUGCGCACAAUCUACGGUGUACUACUGUUCCGAGCUAGUAACACACCUCAUUUCCUCACCUUACCACAUAACAAAUUUGGGGAAAAAAAAAAAAAACAUUGUGAUUGUUUUGAGGGAAAAAAAAAAAAAAAAUGCAAUUUGAGAAUUUCCCGGUAUUUUCAAGUCUGGAAAAAUCUAGACUUCAACCGAAACCUCUUUUUCUUUCUACAUUAUUUAAUAAACUUAAUUUACUUUCUCAAAACUCCCAUUUUCCACUUACUUCUACUAUUCUUCAUUUUUCUCUCCAAUUUUAUUCAUCAUAUUUAAUUAUUCAAUUCCUCCAACAAUUUAGGGUUUUUGAUUCCACUGAUUUUUCUUCUCUUUCGUGAAAUUUGACGAUCAAUUAAUGGAGGAUUACAAUGGAUUUAAGCUCAAGAGGAAGGAUUUGGAGGAAGUUAAUGAUGAUUUCUCCGAUUUUUCUCUCUCUUCUCCUGCUCGAAAAAUCCGUCGUUUGGAUGCUGAUUUGCCGCCGAUAAUUGAAGAUGAGGAACUAGAUUUUCAGCCGGUUUACGAGCAAUCGGUGCCUCAGAACAACAUCUCUAGUGGUUUGGGAGAUCAAGUGAAUCCACUGGACAUUGAGGAGCUGCCAUCUAUUCCUGAGAAUGAAGAGAAAGCUAUUGUUCUAUUCAAACCUAUGAAGGAUCAUAGUGUUUUCUCUCAAAGGAAUUUUUCUGUUGAUCCGAAUUUGGUAUCCUUUUUCAAAAAUCAAACUUUUUGGAACAGCCUAAAGUCUGGCAGAUCUAAUGAUGAGGAUGAAGCCAAUGAAAAUGACCUUAAGGAGAAUGGAUGCAGGGCGGUCAUCCCUUGGGUGCCAUCUCAGACUGUCAACCCAGUAUCACAAACUCUUGCUUCUGAAACAGAGGUGUCAGAAUCAAUGGAUGCUGAAGAGAUGGAAACAGCAAUGAUGGAAGUUGAAGAUCAAGAUGCUGCAAACGUUGGAAUAGCAAGUGAGUACAGUAACCUUCCUAAUUUUAACGAAAGCUUGCAACAUCAAUGGCUGCAGCAGCAACAUUGCAUGGUUCCUCAACCUCCUCAGAAUACCUCAACUCCAAUUGUGUGGUACAGGUGAAUAAGUGACAGAUACCGCCAAUAAUCAAUGUACGUAGUAGGUCGAAAAUGUAGGUUGAAUUUUGAGAUGAAAGAAGAUUUGACCUGAGCAGUUAUGGUCGUUGAAGGGAACUUUCACUGCUACAAGUGUUCCCUAGUGAUGGGAACUGUUUUUGAUGUAGAAGCAGAAUUUUUUAUGAUCUGUUGUUUCUAUCUAGUGGUGAGGAGAUCUUGGAGGGUGAGCGGGGUUGUUUAGGUUGCUAUACGAGCGUGAUUUUGCAGCGCAGUUGUAUGUUCAUGUCCUGAUCGAGCGAUUGUAAUUUUUAAUGGAUUCCUUCAGGUUUUAUACGAAGUAAAUGAUUUGGCUCA